CAUUCCAGCAGUGGCAUAAUUUGGUGAAUGCUAUAGUUUUAUUAUAUUUUAGUAAAUUAUUGGACUGCAACCCUAUAGAGAGUAGGCCGGACCAUAAAAAGUUUAGGCGGACUAAACCGAACCGGACCGGACCAAUUGACAGGACUAUCUCUCUCCCACACACUCAAAUUAUUGAGAAGUGAAAGCUAGUGAAGAACCACAAUCUCACUUUGUCUUUUUUUUUUCUCUCUCUGAUAGAAAAGGAAGUGGUGGAAGAUAUGCCGAGGCCAGGGCCAAGACCGUACGACUGUAUCAGAAGAGCUUGGCAUAGUGACAGACACCAACCCAUGAGGGGUUUGCUCAUCCAAGAGAUUUUCAGAAUUGUUUGUGAGAUUCACAGCCAAUCCACCAGGAAGAACACAGAAUGGCAAGAGAAGCUCCCUGUUGUUGUUUUGAGAGCUGAAGAAAUCAUGUAUUCCAAAGCCAAUUCUGAGGCUGAGUAUAUGGACAUGAAGACCCUUUUAGACCGUACAAACGACGCCAUCAACACCAUCAUACGACUUGAUGAGACCACCGAAACAGGGGAAUUUCUUCAGCCUUGUAUAGAAGCUGCUUUACAUUUGGGGUGCACACCAAGGCGAGCUUCAAGGAGCCAACGGAACAUAAACCCGAGAUGUUAUCUUAGCCAAGACUCAACUAACUUCGACAACAUUUUGUCUCAAGUAUUCAUGAAACCUAACAACAACUUUGCUCCAAAGAAUCUUGCAGUAGCACAAGAGAAGUGCCCUGUCUCCAAGUACUCAGUCUACCCUUUAUGCUAUUCAUUCCGGCCAAUCUCUGACUCGUGCAAGUCCAAAAACAGUAGACCUGCAAGUCUCUUUGAUGCAACGAAUGGCAUUACCUUUGGUGGGGGUGAAUGUGAUCUAUCUCUGCGCUUAGGUCCUCUUGGACCUCCACCUCCUACUCAUAAACGAAGUAAGAUGAGCAACAACAACAACAACAGCUGAAAAAGAGGACAAGAUUGAGUUUUGAUUAGUGAGUCUUGUGUUAGAAGAAUGUGUGCUUCAGUUAGGUCUUUUAGUAUCCUCUCUAGCCUCUAGGGUUUAGGUGUUUGUGAACUUGUAAAUAGAUAGACGAAGUAGCAAAAGAGGAGAUGAAGUCGUUUUCUUCUUCCUGCAUCAAUCUCGAAUCAUCGGACUUCAAGAAUGUACUAAUUUACAAUAUUGCACAGUUCGAGAAAUACCCAUUCCACA